AUGUCUACCAUAACUCAAGAAAGAGAUUUUAUUCUCACGAAGAUAAAUGAGCUUGAGCAGCAAGUCGCCACAACACCGUUUGCUUCGUAUUCUGCAGAACGUCUUCCGGAAGUCGAAAGCAACUUGGUAUUUGUUGAAAAGUCAAAGGAUCGAUUUCUUGCACUUCACCAUGAUAUCAGCAAGCGACUCAAGGUGCAGGAUAAAAUAGAUUCUGAGGCUGAAGUGCUGAAUACGUUUCUUUCCUUGUGCCAUACAAUCGAAAUGACACUUAAUGAAGUGGUGUUCAGGCUUCGAGAAAAACCAACCCAGCAGACCACACAUUCACCCGUGGAUCAACAAAUGAUGACUUUCCUUGUUAAAUCCAUUAUGGAUCAGCAGAAGAGUGUCAUGAGUGAGUUAUUGGGAACACACAAAUCAGGAAUUGAAGCUGUGGCGAAUUCAAUCAACACACGCUCGUCAAGGUCGAAUCUUAAGCUUCCUCAAAUUGAUCUCCCUGUUUUCACUGGAAAUAUUUCUGACUGGCAAGAGUUCCACGACUUGUUCAGCAGUACAAUUCACACAAAAGAUGAGCUCACUAUUGCUGAGAAGUUUCAAUACUUGAAAUCAUCUCUGUCUGGCGAACCAGCUCGUCUAUUGAAAAAUCUUGCAGUCACAGACGCCAACUACAAUGAGGCAUGGGAUACUCUAGUGAAACGCUACAACAAACCGAGGAACAUCGUCUUUGAUCACAUCAAGACUUUCUUUGCACAAUCCAAGAAAGUCGUCACAAAUCCCAAGGAACUUCGCCAGGCUUUCAAUACUUUCGAACAAGUGAUCAAAGCAAUGGAUGCUCUGAAUACUACCACUCGUGACCCAUGGUUAAUCCACACAGCUAUGGAAGCACUGGAUCCCGAGACUAAGAGCCUUUGGUCACGAACUCCCUUGGCUAACAAUAUUCCCACAUGGACAGAAUUUAUGGAGUUCCUUGAGAGUAGAUGCGAUUCCUGGGAGUCAUGCUACGAUGGGAAGUCUGAAAGCAAGCCUACAAAGAAUUCCUCUGCCCCCAAGGUCAACCCAACUCAGAAGUUCUCUAAGCCCUCUUCAUCAGGGAAGUCAUCUACACAAUCAGCACCUUCUACUCUCGUAACAACAGUUGAAGAGGGAAAGAAGUGUCUCAUUUGUUCUGCUGAAUAUCAUCACAUAUCUCAGUGUCCUCUUUUUCUCAAUUCACCACCAAAUCGUCGAAUUGAGCUCACAAAGGAGAAUAAAUUGUGUUUGAAUUGUCUGCGACCAUCCCAUGGAGUUCGAGAUUGUCGCUCUAGCUGGUGCAGGAAGUGCAAUUUAAAGCACAAUACUCUUCUUCACGAGGCAUAUCAGUCUACAGACAAAUCACAUCUCAAUUCUCAAGAAGUUCCAGUACCAAAAGCAGGAUCCAGUACUCAACCUCAGUCAAAUGCACUCAUCAAUCACGUGGCCCUACCCAUACAAGUGAAUCGUCAUACAAUUUUGCCAUCUGUGCAGGUCUUGGUCACAGGACAAGAUGGCCUAAAGUAUAAGUGCCGCGCUCUUUUGGAUUCCUGCUCACAAACAAAUUCAGUCUCUCGCAAUUUCGCAAACAAAUUGGCUCUACCGUUGAAGGAUUCUCAUGUUGGUGCUAUCAAGGGUAUUGGGUCAAUUUGCACAAACACACCUCAGUCAAUCACAGCGGAAAUUGAAGACAAAAACAGCAUUAUUUCCAUGGUGUUGGAGUUCCUUGUGCUUGAGCACAUCACUGAUGACCAGCCAGCUGUUGAAGUCAAAAUUCAGUAUCAAAUCCCAUCGCACGUGACUUUGGCAGAUCCAGAUUUUGGCAAGCCCGGUCCAAUUGAUAUGCUGUUGGGGGCCGACGUCUUCAUGAGUGUUUUGCGAAGCCGAAAAGUAGCAGGAUCUCCUACGCUUCAAGAAACAGCCUUUGGCUACAUAGUCGCUGGUUGUUUUGAAUCACAUUCGGAGUCAACAUCUUCAAUUUCUCGCUUGAUCACAUGCCUUUGUGCCACGGAAGACACUUCUCUUAACACACAAAUGGAGAAGCUCUGGACUUUGGAAGAAGUUAAGGCACAAAAACCACUCAGCGUCGAAGAGCAAAAAUGUGAAGCCCAUUUUGCCUUUUGCACCAGUCGCAAUUCAGAAGGAAGAUACGUCGUAAGACUGCCAACUCGAGAGGAUCUUCAGAAUCUGGGGGAUUCACGUUACCUAGCAGAGAAGAGAUUCCGUUGUAUUGAACGCCGUUUGCAGCGAGACGAGAAUCUCUAUAUACAAUACAGGGAUUUCAUGCGUCAAUACGAAUCACUGGGACACAUGAGGAAGUUGCCAGAGGGAUACACUUCACCAAAACCGGCAGUGUAUCUGUGUCAUCAUCCUGUCAUCAAAGAAUCUACAAGUACCCCAGUCAGAGUCGUCUUUGAUGCCUCUGCUAAAACGACCUCUGGAAAAUCACUGAACUCAGUACUCCUAGUGGGUGCAAAAACUCAAGAUGACCUGUUCGAGAUCUUGCUAAGAUUUCGGCAGCACAAUGUGAUCCUCAAGGCAGACAUACAAAAAAUGUACCGUCAGAUUAUCAUCCAUGAAGAGGAUCAGAACAUGCAGCGAAUACUAUGGAGGGAAACUCCACAGCAACCUCUUCAGACAUAUCUGCUUUCAACAGUAACCUACGGUACUGCAAGUGCCCCGUUCCUAGCUACAAGGUGCCUCCAGCAAUUGGUAACUGAUGAAGGUCAGCAUUUUCCGUGUGCAGCACCUGUAGUGGAGAGAGACUUCUAUGUCGAUGACCUCCUGACGGGAACCUCAGAUGUGGAGUCCGCGCUAUUACUCAGGCAAGAGCUCAUCUCCAUGCUACAGCGUGGAGGAUUCUCUUUGAAGAAGUGGUCAUCCAACUCAUCAGAAAUCAUGUCACAAAUUCCACAAGAAGACCAUGAAAAGAGCUCUUCACUCAGCAUGGGCGAGGAAAGUGUCAAGACGUUAGGUCUUAACUGGACUCCAAACUCUGACUGCUUCAGAUUCACCACUACAGAAUUCCAUAGUUCUAUCACCAAGCGCACCAUUCUGUCGGACAUGGCGAAAAUGUUCGAUCCCCUGGGUCUUCUGGCUCCUGUCACAAUCUCAGCUAAGAUCCUUAUGCAGUCGCUAUGGAAGAUCCAGACGGAUUGGGAUUCAACUCUUGAUGCUGAAGUAUGUGAAAAGUGGUUAGAUUAUCAAAGCAGUGUUAUCAACUCAGUGAACAAUAUCAAAGUACCAAGAAAAUUUACUAGUUUCGAAAAUCCAAAAUCAGUGCAGUUGUUCGCCUUCAGCGACGCUUCAGAAAGAGCAUAUGCAGCCUGUGUUUAUGUUCGUAGCAUAGAUAAUGAAAACAAUGUGAGUUCGCGAUUGUUGUGUGCUAAAACCAAAGUUGCGCCUCUUAAGCAAGUAUCUUUGCCCCGACUUGAGCUCUGUGGUGCUGUUUUGCUCAAAAGGCUAGUUGAAAAAGUGAUCAGUGCUCUGUCAACUCCAAUCAGUGAGAUCCACGCGUUCACCGACUCAAUGAUUGUCUUGUGUUGGAUCAAUGCAGAAUCUCGAAGGUGGCAAACAUUUGUCGCUAACAGGGUGUCUGAGAUUCAGAACACCAUUCCCGCAACCAAUUGGCAUCAUGUGACGUCCAAGGAAAAUCCCGCAGACCUUGCAUCACGUGGAGUGUCAGCCGCAGAUCUCACACAAGAUUCACUCUGGUGGAACGGUCCAUCAUGGAUCACAAGUUCAGAACUCAAUUUCGAGGCCACAGAAAUUGAAUUGCCAGAUGAUGCUCAUCUCGAAAUGCGUCAUAACGUCUCCCUUGUGACUACUCAAAAUGAUUUCUCCGAACUGAUUGGGCGUGUUUCGUCUCUUCCCAAGCUUGUGCGAAUUGUCGCAUAUUGUCGCAGAUUUAUUCUCAACACAUACCGCACGUACAAGAAGCAGAAAACGAUGUCUGGCUGUCUUUCUCCAGGAGAAUUAAGUCAGGCUCGUAUUACAAUUGUUCGUCAUGUCCAAAAGGAAUCGUUCCCCGAGGAUUAUCAGAAUCUCAGCAAGAACAACGUCGUAUCCAGACAGUCCAAACUUCGAAAUCUGAAUCCGUUUUUGGAUGAAACUGGCCUCAUACGAGUUGGCGGCAGAAUUCGACAUGCGGAUGUUCGUUAUGAUUACAAACACCCUGCUAUUCUACCACCUCAUCAUCACAUCACUCGUCUUCUUGCCUUGGAGUCACAUCACAGUACUCUUCAUGGAGGAGCUCAAAUGACAUUGUCUCACAUGCGCCAGAACUAUUGGCCACUGAGGGGAAUCGACGUGACCAAAAGAACCGUUCGAGAAUGCGUUCCAUGUUUUCGUGUGAAACCGCAAACAGCAGAACAGCUCAUGAGUGACUGUCACAUCUCAAGGGUUUCCGGAGUCCAUCCAUUUCAUCGAACUGGAGUGGAUUUCUGUGGACCAUUCCACAUCAAGCCUCCUGUACGCUCCAAGACACGUCUCAAGAUGUAUGUGGCAUUGUUCAUCUGCCUCGCAACUCGAGCAAUUCACAUAGAACUCGUCGCUGAUCUCACAACUAGUGCUUUUCUCGCAUCUCUCAGACGUUUUACAGCGCGCCGAGGAAAGCCGUUUGAGAUACUUUGCGACAACGCGACCAAUUUUGUUGGAGCGAGUCGAGAAUUGGCCGAAGUUCAACAAGUGUUUGAGUCAUCUCACAAUCAAUCUCAGAUCAUCGAGGCUUCAGCUGAACAGGGAAUCAACUUCAAGUUUAUUCCACCACGCAGCCCUCACUUCGGCGGGUCCUGGGAGUCUUCAAUCAAACGGCUUAAACAUCACUUGUAUCGGACAAUUGGACUCUCUCAUCUCACAGAACAAGAAAUGCUCACAAUUUUGGUUCAAAUUGAAGGAUGUUUGAACUCACGUCCCAUCAUGCCAAUGUCCACGGAUCCAUCAGACCUCGAAGCUCUCACUCCCGGACAUUUUUUAAUCGGACGUCCUCUCAAUGCCAUCCCAGAAGAACAGUUGACAGGAAUCCCAGAAAAUCGACUCAAAACAUGGAAGCUCGUUCAACAAAGACUACAAUUCUUUUGGAAAAGGUGGGCUACAGAGUAUUUACACACUCUGCAACAACGCAAGAAGUGGACCACACUUUUCCCGUCUCUGCAGCCAGGUGCCCUUGUCAUCAUCAAAGAAGAUCACUUGCCGCCAAUGAAAUGGAGUCUAGGACGAAUCGUCAAGUGUUACCCAGGAGCAGAUGGCAACGUCAGAGUUGCUUCCGUCAAAACCUCAUCAGGAGAAUACACAAGGGCAAUCGUCAAGCUUUGCCCACUUCCCAUACCAGAAUCAUCUUAA